AUGGUCGUCCGUAUUCGUCUCUCGCGGUUUGGAAACAAGCACCAGCCGUUCUACAACAUCUGCGUCUCGCAGGCACGAUCCGCCCGAGACUCCAAACCCCUCGAAGUCAUCGGAACCUACAACCCCCUCCCCCAACGCCCCACGAACCUCUCCACCGAACAAGCGCGCAAUGCCAGACCAUACAAGGAGGUUGCUCUCGACCGGUCACGAGCGAAAUAUUGGCUAGGUGUAGGGGCGCAGCCUAGUGACGGUGUGUGGAAGUUGUUGAGCUUGGCUGGUCUUGCGGAGAAGACGAAGACGAAGACUGAGGGGUCGGAGUAGAUGGUGUUGCUUUCAGAUAGACAUGCCGAAUUGAUGGUUCUACCUAUCGUGUUCUGGUUGAUGAUGGACGGACAGUCUGCGGAGAACGUAAAGACUACAUAAAACGACUAUACGUGCGGCCGGGAUCGAUUUCUGGCCGGUUUUUCUGAUUUUUGGCAUUCCUGGCGUUUGGAUUAGCUUGGGACAACAUGAUACAACUAGGGUUUCGGUUGUACGUAUGUACUAUCUGUGUAUAUUAUGGGCGAUUUUCGCUCUACUAUAUGAAUUGUGAGAUUCACUUUAUGGUCUGAUAAGUGGGCGUUGAGACAUGCAUAGAUCAUGUGGCAGGGAUGCCGGUAUUGACAGGCAUCUACAGAGUAUAGGCAACGAUAUGUUGAUCAGGUGUCAGGGUAUGCAUGCAUUUUGUAUACAAGACACAUGUCAUAGGUGGGAUGUCUUACCUGUUUAUUUCUAUUGCAUUUUAUUGUUUUGUCGAAGUAAUGGACUUUAUGAGGC